AUGUUAAAGGAAUAUGAUCAGGGAAAUAUAACGAAGGAGGGCGUCAGAGAAGAGGUCGAUACAUUCAUGUUUGAGGGUCACGACACAACAGCAGCUUCAUUACAAUGGAUCAUUUAUCUUCGUAGUAUUUAUCCUGAUGUUCAAUCACGCUUGCAACAGGAAGUAGAUAUUUGGUACGAAUCUUUACCGGCUGAUGGAAAAAUAAACCCUGAAAAACUGAAGGACUUGAGUUAUCUGGAAUGUGUCGUGAAGGAGGGAUUGCGAUUGUUUCCAUCUGUACCUCUCUUUGGUCGUGAAUUGACGGAGGAAUGCAAAUUCGCAUCAUGGUUAAAAGAGUCUAAAAAUAAGAUUUUUCAAGUCCGUGUUCCUGAAGGAUGUAGCAUUAUUGUGGCUUCAAUAGGUUUGCAUCGUAAUCCUGAGGUAUGGGAUGAUCCAGAUACGUUCAAUCCUGACAGAUUUCUUUCAGAAAAUAACGUUGGAAGACAACCUUUUGCCUAUGUUCCUUUUUCUGCUGGACCAAGAAACUGCAUUGGACAAAGAUUUGCUAUGAUGGAAGAUAAAAUAGUAUUAGCAUCCAUAAUACGUCAUUUUAAUAUCAAGUCUACUCAGUCGUCUGAUGAUAUUAGGAAAAGUGCUGAAAUUAUUCUGAAAUUCACAAGUGGUAUUAUGGUCGAGUUGGAAACAAGAAUUUUUUAA